CAUACAUAGCUCCCGUAGAACAAUUUCUCCCUGUUGAGAGUGGAAAAGGCGCUCACCAUCCGCCAUCAUGAAGCGUUUUUUUCAGCCAGUGAAGGAGGAUGGCUCCUUCAAGAAGCCCUCUCUCUCGUCCGCCGAUCCCCUUCUUUCCACCGUCGGCGACUUAGUUUCCGUCGAGGGCAUUCACACCGUUGAAGCCGGCGAAAGAGAGAGGAGAGAGCCGUGCAAGUUUCUCACUUGGAACGCCAACAGCCUCCUCCUCCGCAUGAAGAAGGACUUGCCCGAAUUCUCCAACCUGGUCCAAACUCUCGACCCGGAUGUUAUCGCCAUUCAGGAAGUCCGAAUGCCUGCAGCUGGGCCAAAAGGAGGACAAAAGAACCCCAGUGAACUGAAAGAUGAUACAUGUUCUUCGAGGGAGGAAAAACAGGUAAUUAUGCGCGUGCUAUCGUCUCCUCCAUUUCAAAAUUAUCGUGUCUGGUGGUCUCUUUCAGAUUCCAAGUACGCAGGAACAGCUUUGUUAAUAAAAAAUCGUUGCAAACCAAAGAAGGUCUCAUUCUCCUUAGACGGGAAAGCUUCAAAGCAUGAACCAGAUGGGCGAGUGAUUUUAGCAGAAUUUGAAUCAUUUUUCUUGUUGAAUACAUACGUACCGAAUAAUGGUUGGAAAGACGAUGAGAACUCAUUUCAACGAAGAAGAAAGUGGGAUAAGAGGAUGCUCGAGUUUGUUGUCCAGCUAGAUAAACCAUUAAUUUGGUGUGGGGAUCUUAAUGUAAGCCACCAAGACAUUGACGUGAGCCAUCCUGACUUUUUCAGCAACGCAAAGCUUAAUGGAUAUAUUCCUCCCAACAAAGAAGAUUGUGGGCAACCAGGAUUUACUUUGUCUGAGAGGCGGCGCUUGAGCAACAUAUUGUCUCAAGGAAAACUGAUAGAUGCGUAUAGAUUUAUUCACAAGGAACAAGACAUGGAAAGAGGAUUUUCUUGGUCUGGCAACCCUGUUGGCAAGUAUCGAGGAAAAAGAAUGAGGAUCGACUAUUUUAUAGUUUCAGAAAAGCUUAAGGACAAGAUAAUUUCAUGUGAUAUGCAUGGGCAUGGAAUUGAGCUAGAAGGUUUUUGUGGAAGUGAUCACUGUCCUGUUUCACUCGAACUUUCACAAUUAACUUGAGCAUCUGCUGAUUGCAAGUUUGCAUUGGAAGAACUUGAAUCCGAGACGAUCCUUCUUAAGUAUUCAUAGAACAGAAAAAAAUAUAUUUUUAAACCUAUUGUCGUAUAUGAAAUACUUUGUAGGGAAAGCUUUUCUCUUUUUGUAUUAAGUAUCCUUGAUUUGUGUAUUAUUAUUUUUGUCUCAAUCAAUGUCCUCAGCUGAUUGACUGCUUUUAAAAUUGUUAAGGCAAGCAUUUUUUUGGUUCUGCUGUGUUUUCAGCUAUGCUGUGUAGAAAACUGAAUCCAUUGCUACUCUCAGAAUGGUGUAAAAAUUAUUUUUCUUUGCACAGCAUCAAUAUUAUUGAUAGCUGACAACCGUGAAUUUUGCGUUUGUGGUGAUUAUCUUCUUAA